AUGGAUGGCUCCAUGCCGGGCGAGUUGCACGUCUCAUACAAAGACAAGUCCUCUCCUCUGAAUUCCUGGGAUAAAAACGAAUGGCAUGACAAUGGAGAUCAUGGUACAAGAUGGAACUAUGGCUGCAUGGAUUUGUACCCAGAACAAAAACAAAACUAUAAAGUGACUGAGAAAAGAAUUGUGUUCACUGGUAUUACUGGAACAUUAUACGGAAUUCACCUUGCACUUGAUGAUAUUAAAUUUUCCAAUGGAUCUUGUGAAAUGGGAAUUGGCGCUCACGUUUGUACGUUUAAUAAUCCGAAAGUUUGCCACUAUAAAAUCAAUUGUACGGCCCUUGGAGAAUACACAUGGAGAAGAAUGCGUGGUUCAACUUUAUCUAGCAACACUGGACCAAGCAGAGAUGCAUCAAAGGAUUACAACGGUUACUACUUGUAUGCCGAAGGCUCUUAUGGUAAAGCAGGAGACGCCGUAUCCAUUAAAUUUCCAGUUAAAGACACCAAGGGGAAAUAUCUGAAGUUUAAUUAUCACAUGUAUGGUCAAAGUAUGGGCAGUCUGCAUUUAUUCUACACUUCUGGACAGUCAAGCAGAGAAGUAUGGCAAAUGUCAGGCAAUCAAGGAAAUGUGUGGAAUUUUUUCUGCAGGCAAAUAAACGAGGAAAUUGAUGAGGUAAAGUUAGUUGCUGUCCGAGGAUCGACAUACACAAGCGACAUGGCCGUCGAUAAUGUUUUCUUGACUCCCCAAAAAUGUCCAAAUUCAGUCGACUGUAACUUCGAAAACGGAAUGUGCAACUACACAGCGACUUCUUCCUAUUACAGAUACAAAUGGACCCGGGUAUCCGGCACUGAUCAUACAUAUGGUUCAGGGUAUUUCAUGAAAGCUUAUUACUUUUGGCCCGAAGGUUACACGACAAACCUAACAACACCUAUUAUACAACAAACAAGCAAUACUUCAAGUCUCCAUGGUGGCAGAAAUACAUAUUCAAUCUUGCUCGAUGACGUCUCCUACAAUGAAUCAUCCUGUAUCGUUGGUAUUGUGAAUAAUAUAUGCACAUUUGAUGAACCAAAUGUAUGUGGAUAUAACGUCAGCUGUCGAGAGGCAACCAAAUUUCUGUGGAAGAGAGCGAAAAAUACUGGUUCAUAUGGAACAGGACCUUCUUCAGAUAAUAGUGGAAAAGGCAACAAAUAUUUCAUGUAUACUGAAUCGUCAUUUGGUGAUCCAGGUGACACAACUGACCUUGUGUUUCCUGAAUUUGUCACACCUCCUGGACAUAUCCUCAGUUUCUAUUACAACAUGUAUGGUCGUGAUAUUGGAACUCUUCAGGUUCACAUUAUCACUCGUUCAGGAAAAAUGUUAAAAUGGUCCCAAAAAGGUGGAAUGGGAAAAAACUGGGUGAAAGGCUGCGUCAGUCUUCCAGUUAAUGAGAAAACGACUGUUGUCUUUACUGGAAUCCGAGGUAAUGGUCCAUUAGGUGACAUGGCAAUCGACGAUGUUGGUGUCGUACUUGGCGUCUGUUCUGAUUUCAUGUAUACUGAAUCGUCAUUUGGUGAUCCAGGUGACACAACUGACCUUGUGUUUCCUGAAUUUGUCACACCUCCUGGACAUAUCCUCAGUUUCUAUUACAACAUGUAUGGUCGUGAUAUUGGAACUCUUCAGGGUGACAUGGCAAUCGACGAUGUUGGUGUCGUACUUGGCGUCUGUUCUGAUCAAGGCAUUCCCUGUGACUUCAAUGAUGAGACUCUAUGUGGCUAUACAAAUACAUCUCAUACCAGUAAUUCUGGUUGGGUUAGGAAGCGAUCCGGUCCAAGUUACUAUAUGAAUGCUGUGGGCUCCUAUGACAUAUUUAGUCUGAAAUCUCCAUCAAGAAAUUUAUCAGACAAUUGUAUUCAGAUUUCCUACCGACUUGGAGGCAAAUAUUGUGGAUUGAAUGUGUAUACAUCUUAUAACAAUCAUAAAUAUCUCUCAUUAAAAGAAAACAAUAAUACAGACUGGCAGAAAGCACAAUUUUACAUUCAAAACGCUGAGACGAGUCUCAUAUUUGAAGCUGACAUAAGAACCUAUUGGUUAUACUGUACAAUUAACAUCGACAAAAUUGCCAUUUUAAAUGGGAAAUGCCCCAAUCUAGACUGUAAGAAUGCCACUCAGGCUUGCACAGAUCAAGGCCACUGUGUAGACAAAUCUUCUCUCUGUGAUAAGGAAGUCGACUGUAAUGAUGGAAGUGAUGAAAGUAACUGCUCUCGAUCUAUUUCUUGUGACUUUGAAAAAAAGUUUACCUGUGGCUACAAUCAUACUUAUGGAUGGAAGCAUGAAAAAAUUUCCCUUUAUGGUCUGCCAGAAAUAGUUUUAAAUAAUUCAGAAUAUUCAAUGGUUUUACAUUAUGGAAUGGGGCUUCUUAUGUCUCCUUUCGAAAUGAUUCCUCAGUCUUGUGUUCAGUUCCAUCACAUUGGUGACAUCGGUUCACGUCUGUGGGUGAAGGUGCAUAAUAGCAACAGCACAAUCACGACGUCAUGGAAUUAUUCCUACACCAGUUUAGGAAUAUGGACGCUUGGUCAAUUCGAAAUACCAGAAGGAAAUAUAUCUUUGAUGUUCGUUGGUUCUAGCAAACUUUUGGGAAUAGCGCUUGAUAAUGUAAUUCUUCAGAAUGGCAACUGUGGUCCAAUUGUUUGUCCAGAUGAUUCUUUUACUUGUGGUAGUAACGAAAAGUGCAUUUCUCAUCGAAGCAAGUGUGAUCGAAUCCAAGAUUGUGCAGAUAACAGCGAUGAAGUCAACUGCACUUCAUCCAUAAAUUGUGAUUUUGAAGAUCCAUAUCAAUGUGGCUAUGAGUACGAACCCGGAACAUGGAGAGUCAGCAGUGGAAAAAUAGAAAAAUAUCCCGAUUUAGACCAUUCUCGUGGUCUGUAUUCAGGCAAUUUCUUUGUAUCGUCCUUCAGUCAACAGUCAAAUGAUACCAUACAUGAUCUUCAUGCCCCCGAAGUGAUGCUGCCAGUUGAUGCUUGCUUGACUUUCUACUAUUCUUUUCAUGGUUCUGGAGAACUGGAAAUACUUGACAAUGACAUGUCAAUGCUGAAAAUAAGACCAAAUAACAUCAAUACGUGGCAGAAAUCCCAGAUCCAACUGAGCCCAGGAAAACACAAUAUCACUUUUUGUCACAUAAAUGGAAACUAUUCAAACUCGGGGCCGUAUAAUGUUUUAGGAUUGGACAGUAUUCACCUUUCAAAUGGAACAUGUAAAUUAUUUGAAUGCGAAGAAGGUUGGAGAAAAUGUAGCGAUUCACCGGUUUGUGUUCCUGAAUUUAAAUUCUGUGAUCACGGCGAAGAUUGUGCCAACGGAGAAGACGAGCAAAACUGCACAACAUAUUCUAAUGUGCGUUUGGUCAGAGGAAGAAAUGUUCAGCAAGGUGAAGUUGAAAUGUAUUACAAUGGAAAAUGGAGUUUAAUUUGUGGAAGAUGGACUGAACAAAAUGCCGCUAUUGUUUGUCGAGAAUUGGGUUAUAAUGUAUCAAAAGCUUCUUUCACUACAAAGCGUUUGGAUUACGCAUCAGCAUUGGUUAAAAAUUUCUACUGUUAUGGAUAUGAAAGUUCCCUGACAAGUUGCAGUUACAGCGCUUGCUAUCGGUCUUGCAAAUGUUAUAUAAAUUCGACCGUUGACUGUUCCAAUACACCUUGUGAAUCAACUCAUGUGCCUUGUGUAGCAAGCAAUGCAACGAAUUCUAACAACACUAUAAGUAAUCCACAAUGUAUAUGGAAAGAAAGUGUAUGCGAUGGUGAGAAGGACUGCCCUGGUGGAACAGAUGAACAAUCAUGCACCAAAUGCAAAUCCAAUGAAUUUCAAUGUCUUAACUAUGAGUGCAUUCCACAGAACAAACGUUGUGACGGAAUUAACAAUUGCAAAGAUGGAUCUGACGAAUAUCAUUGUUUCAAGCAUGACAAUCUAACUUUGUUGUUCAUGAUGAACGGGGAGUACACCCCUGUAUGUGAAGAUAAUUUGAAAGAGAAAAACAUUGCCAAUAAACUUUGCCAUUACGUUGGAAAAGGGAAUGGCUCAGUUCGUUUCUCCAACAUUAAAACAAAUGGAGUCAAGUUUUCUUAUUCAGAAAAUUCCCAACAUUCUGUGUUGCCUGGCUUUAAACCUUCCUUUGCUGACUGCAACGCACUAAGGCUCAACUGUAGUCGCAGAGAAUGUGGUACUAGGAGUGCGACUUUAUACGAUCCUGUUAUUAGACAUGGACAGAAAGCCAUUCCAGGAGAAUGGCCCUGGCAAGUUGCAGUCAUGUACAGGGGAAAUCGUUCCUGUGGAGGUGUACUUCUUAAUAAUCGAUACGUACUUUCAUCUGCACAAUGUUUCCGAUACAAUUCGUCUCCGAAAGAUCACGAGAUCGGCCUGGGCUCUACAGUUUUUGCUGCACUACAGAAAAUCAAGGUCAAGAAAAUCAAGGUACAUGGAAACUACUCAUACUGGACUGACAGAAAUGAUGUUGCAUUGUUGGAAUUGAUGACUCCAGUACAGAUAACAGAUUAUAUUCGACCCGCAUGUCUUCCUUCUGAACCUUGGGAACCUUAUAUGCUUUGCUACACAACUGGCUGGGGAGAGAACGAAAAGGAUAACAUCCAAAAUGACCUGAUGGAAACAAAAGUUAAGAUCUUACCAAGAGACGUUUGCAAUACUGAAUACACUGGCCUGGAUGCUACAUUGUUAUGUGCUAAUCACAACCAACCGACCUCACCAGGAGAUAAUGGUGACGAAGGCGGUCCUCUCGUCUGUCGAAAUAUGCAAGGAUAUUGGUCAGUAUAUGGAGUCGUCAGUUGGACUUGGUAUUUUAGAAAGAACUUGGAAACGCAAUUGUACGCUGAUAUCUUUACGCUCCGAAAAUGGAUAACUGACAAUAUGAUGAAUUAG